CUGAGAUAAAGAAGCUGGGCGAUGUGUAUUGUGCACACUGUGAUCUCUAGGUACGAGGCACAUGGGAACCUUCCUCUUUAUCUGUUGUUCGGCGGCUGCGAUUGCAGGGCACAGUGAUGGUAAAUACAAAGCCGUGCAGUGAUGUCACAGGGAGCUGUGUGUUGAGUUGUACACUCCUGGCCAGAGCGCAUGCGCCGUACACCCGCGGCAGCUGCAGGGGCAGCUCUGUCACUUACACAUUGGAGCAGUGAGAGACAUGGAAAGAGAUGGCGAGGGGAAAGAGCAGGCUCCAAUCGUCGCUGCUGCUGCUCUGACAAAGGGGAUCGGGCCUUCCAGCUGCAUUUAAACAAUCCCAUCGGACCAAUCUGUAGGAAUAAGAUCGGGGAGCGGGAUCUAAUGCCCACAACUGCCGGGACUUUUGCCCAGCACACGGCAGAUAGAUGUGCGCUCCACUCGCCUGCACGUCCCAUCAUGAACGCUCAGCUGACUAUGGACUCGAUGGGCGAUCUGCACGGGGUGAGCCAUGAGCCGCUGCCCUCUGAUCUGAUGGUUAACAGUCCCCACCACAGGGGCUCAGUCAGUCACCGGAGCAACCAUCUGACCGCUCACCCCCGGGCCAUGGGCAUGGCUUCCAUUCUCGAUGGAGGGGACUAUCACCACCACCACCACCACCACCGACCCCCAGAUCACGCGUUAACGGGGCCCCUGCACCCCACUAUGACCAUGGCUUGUGAUGCCCCUCCCGGCAUGAGCAUGAGCAGCACCUACACCACUCUCACCCCUCUGCAGCCUCUACCCCCAAUCUCCACCGUGUCGGACAAAUUCCCCCAUCACCACCAUCACCAUCACCAGCGGAUAGCGGCCAAUGUCAGUGGCAGCUUCACCCUAAUGAGGGACGAGAGGGGACUGGCGUCUAUGAACAAUCUGUACAGCCCGUACCACAAGGAGGUUACCGGCAUGGGCCAGAGUCUGUCUCCGCUCUCGGGAUCCGGCCUCGGGAGUAUUCACAGUGCCCAGCAAGGCUUGCCCCACUAUGCCCACCCCAGUGCCGCCAUGCCCACCGACAAAAUGCUCACCCCCAAUGGAUUUGAAGCCCACCAUCCCGCCAUGCUACAGAGGCACGGGGAGCAACAUCUCACCCCUCAAUCUGCCGGCAUGGUGCCCCUCAAUGGCAUUGCCCAUCACCCUCAUGCCCAUCUAAAUGGCCAAAGCCACGGACAGAUCCUGACCUCCACCAUGGAUCAAAAUCCCCCUUCUAUGACUGGAUCACCAAUGAACAAUGGAAGUAAUUCAGGGCAAAUGGAAGAAAUCAAUACCAAAGAAGUCGCUCAGAGAAUCACAACGGAGCUAAAGCGUUACAGUAUCCCCCAGGCGAUCUUUGCCCAGCGGGUUCUGUGCCGAUCUCAAGGGACCCUGUCCGACCUGCUGAGGAACCCCAAGCCUUGGAGCAAACUCAAGUCCGGCCGGGAAACCUUCCGAAGGAUGUGGAAGUGGCUGCAGGAGCCUGAGUUCCAGAGAAUGUCAGCUCUUAGGCUUGCAGCUUUGGUACCAGCCGAUCCGGUAUUUCAGCACUCUGGACAGUUGCCUGCAGAAACCCUCGUUAAAAUCGGCUAUCCAUCACAAAGCACCCAGUCUAAUCACAUGUCAUGUAAACGAAAAGAACAAGAACAUGGAAAAGACAGAGGGAACACACCAAAAAAGCCAAGGUUGGUCUUCACAGAUGUCCAACGCAGAACUCUCCAUGCAAUAUUUAAAGAAAAUAAGCGUCCAUCCAAAGAGUUACAAAUCACCAUUUCCCAGCAGCUAGGCCUGGAGCUCACCACAGUCAGUAAUUUUUUCAUGAAUGCUCGCAGGAGGAGUCUUGAUAAGUGGCAGGAUGAGGGAAACUCUGGGUCUGGCAACACAUCAUCUUCAUCAAGCACUUGUACCAAAGCAUGAAGGGAAAGACACAAAUCCCAGAAACUUAAACCUCGGUGGAAAAGCUUUAAUACAAAGACGAGGACCUCAGCUUAGUAGGUUUAUACUUUAGAACUAUUUGAAACCAAAAUAAUUUAUAAGUCCAAAGAAACCAAAGACUCAUUUCUCCUGGUGACUUUUAUUCUUAAGACAUUUUUUCAGGAGAACGACUUGCAAAAAAAAAAAUGGAGUCAAAAUACCAAAACCAAUCCCGCUGACCUUACACCUUCACCUGUCAUCAUCAUUAUUCCCACAGUAUUUUGAUGUCUGGUGGUUUAGAACAUCGUGAUCUCUUGUCAUUGAAUGGACAUUUUAUGGGGUCUUCAUUCUCACAAUACAUUUCCGAGAAGGUGUAGGGCAGAUAAGAAAUUAAUACAAACCCAUGGUAAGGAAUAUGGUCAAAAAAUGUCUACGGAAUGGGAUGUGGGUUGACCAACAAGUCAUCUGAGAUUAUUGGAGUGUAAAAGACUCUCACUGUUUGAACCAAGUAGUUCCGCCAUAUGGUGGUAAAGUUCAAACUGUUGAACAGUACCUAAACAUGUGCAUUCUCUCUGUUUGUUAAGGGUUGAUUACAUACAAGAAACUACACCUUUCCUACCAUAGAAUCAUACCAAAGAAAAAAAAAGUAUUUCACUUGGAGUUUAUUCUACUGAUUCUUUUCAGCAAUGUUUUUACACUAAACACAGUACACAAAAUAUAGUUAUAGAUCAUUUAAUUUUUUUUAAAUUAAAGUGCAUUAUGUGCAAAAGUCUUAUUUGUACUUACAAUAUUAUUAUUUUAAAGAGAGCACAAAAUUUUAGUUUAUGUGUUAUUAUAACACACUUACCAUUUUACACUUUUUUUAAGAGUUUUGCCUUCAUACAUGAAUUCAGCACAAGUUUCAGCAAAUAAUACCCUACAAAAGUAUUUUGUUAAAGAAUAUACAUAUUUUCAAAUACCAUCCCACAUAGAAUAGGUUCAUUUUAAUAUAAAGCUUGGGAGAGUCAUAAUACAUACGAGCAGCACUCAAAAAUCUGAAUUAGUGAUUUAUUAGGGCUUAGGCCAAUAAAUGACUAACUUUUAUAUUUCAAAUUGCUACUGUCUGGAUAUAGCAGGUUAUACCUUUAUGAAUCGUUUUUUGACUUGCCAUUUCUUUCAAACCAAUGCUGAAACACCAUUGAAAUCUGGACCCUCCCCUUAUUAACCCUGUCUUACUUUCCAAACUGGAAGAGAGACCAAAAGGAACACCCUCAAAGUGAAAUUGUUAUUAUCCAUGACUUUUUCUGCAAAGUCCUGAGGGCUGUAUAGUAUGUUAUUGAAUAUUUUUUUUAACAUACCCACUAUUUUACAUACUCCCAUUUUUAUUUGCGUUAAUGAAUGAGAAUGAAUAAAGGACAUCAUCAUUUCAUAACAAUCUAUACAUUUUACAAAAUUCUAUAUGGUGUCUCUUCCAAACCUAACUUGAUCUAGUUUUUAGUGCAAACAAGAAUGGUAAAUCAAUAUAUUCUGCUGCACAGUCUUAUUUUGUGAUUAAGAAAAUUGACCAUGGCAUGUGGCAUUUUCCCAACUUUUUAGCCAAAGGUAAAAAUCCCUUUGGAGAUUAGUUUGUCAGUUUGGAAUGUUUAUACAGGGCACUGAAAUUAGUCGUUAAUACAUGCAGUCUUUGCAGAUUUAUUUAAAAAAUAUUUGUUUGUUCUUUUUUUUUUUUAUUACGUAGAUGAACUCCAAUAUAUCCCAAAGAUAAAAUAUAUAUAUUGCACAAGAGAAAACAUACUAUAUUUAAGUAAAAUAACAAUAUUUUCUUUCUAUGUUUCAUUUUUUAUAAUGUUUGGAAUGUUUUGGAAUAUAACCUCCCAACGAAUUGCUUAUACCAAAGAUACACUAUCCUGAGAGCAAUGACCUUGGAGUAUGCAUUUUGAGACACUCUUCACCAUAUGCAUAAUCAGAUAACUAAUCCAUAAUAUCUGGCAUCUAUGUCACAUGGAGCACACCAACUUUCUUUAAAUAAGCCAUUCUUCAAACAAAGCAGCAUCUACUCAUGGAUAUAGUAAAGUGUUUAGAUCUCAGGGCUUCAGAUUCUAGAUUUAACAUACAUUCAUGGCGAUUGUUAUAUGCUAAUGAACAUUUUAUUAAUGGUCAUACAUAGACAUAAGAUCUGAUUUUUGUUAUAGCUUUUCAAUCUGUUUAUUUGUUUUGACAACGGCUCCUUUUGUGCUGGUCCUGCAAGCCCUUGAUAUACCAAAGAAUCCUUUUACAUUCUCCUCUCAGUCGAGGUGGAAAGGCAAUAGUACUGUAAGGUCCCUUUAUUCUACACAGAAUUGAAGGGAGGAUAAAGAAAAGAAAACUAUGCAUUUAACAAACAAAGAGAAAGCACUACAGGCAGUUUUUUUGUCUGACUGAUGUUUAUGGUGCGUUCAAAUCCUGUAAUAGAAGCCAGUCUGGAUUCUUUGUGCUGGCCUUCUGCUUUAUUGUGGUGUGGUUAGCUUUACAAUACAUUUGGUAACUAUUUCCUAAGACUAAGACAAAGCAGCAAAGAGAUAGCUGCUUCCACAUGUAAAAAAAUGUAAAGAUCUACUAUUUAUAGUGUGAACCAAAGACGCUACCUCACUCGAUUUCCAUUUCGUGAUUUUAAUCACAUUGAUGAUACCAAAGAAUACCAAAGAUUUUUCUUGCACGGCCUUCGUCUGCCAAAGGCACUCUGCGACCUUCCCCUGACUCCUGACAUGCAACCCCGACCUUCAUUUUAGAUAUAUAUAUAUAUAUAUUACACUUUUCUUUUUUUCCAGAUAUGUUACAAUUUACCCCUUCAGGGUCAGAGGUGCUUAAAACACCCCUGGGACUGACAAAGUCAAUAGCAAAGAGACCAGAUGGCUUCUCAUGAUCAAGGCCUAGCCUCAUCAAUUUUCCUUGCUGGAAGUGCCCGAAUAAAAACCUAUUAUGCUGGGCAUAGCUGAUGUCAUAACAACCACAAACUGCAUUUUUUAAAUUAAACUGGGAAGACUUUUAUUUUUACAAGACCUUGAUAAAGUUUUAUAACCCAUUAGUAGAAAUAAUGGCCACGUCUGUAAAGUCUGCAAGAUAAUUUGAGAUUUAAAACCAGGACAUCAGAUUCCAGCAGCCUGCCCAUAGUCAUCUGCUGUCAUCUGGACAACCUAGAAUAGUACGCAACAAACUAUUAAUAAUGUUUAGAAAUAAACAAAGCUUUAGGCAAAUAUGUUGCAAACAUUGUAAACUCCAUAGGACGAGUGCCUUGCUUGAACCAAAGUGUUAACCACCGUUGACCUCUUCUAUCUAUCUCACCUUAUACUCUUUGAAUACCUCAGCCUCUUAGAAAGGACACUGAUUAAAUAAUAAUAUUAAUAAUGGAAUAAUUCUUCACCGUGGUGCUUUUGCAUUGCAACCAUGCAAAUAACCUUUCUUUGAUACCAAAGGCAUUUCCUUUUCGCUCUAGCUGAUAAACCAAAGUCUUAGUGUGUCCCAGUUUUUGGCAGCAUCUGUCAACCUGAUCCUUUCGCUCUGAGUACCUGUUGCCUGGAUGUAGGCCGUGCAGUUUCUCUUACCAAUUUCUCCAAAUACCUCAUAGUAUAAGAAAUCUUUAGGAACAUGUUGUAUAGAAAGUCUAUGUGAUAACACAAAACAUACUAGUUUGAUAACUGUUAACCUUCAUACAAAAGUUAUAUCAUUAUUUAUUUUGUAGGCUU